AUGGCCACUAUGAACCCACCUUCCUAUCACUGCAUUGUCUGUACGAUGACAAAAAUCCCGUUCGCAUCGCUGAGCAAAGAAAGCCAACAGAAAAUAGUACGUAAUGGACGGCCCAUGACAAAAAUGCCUAAUCUAACAUCCCGCUGCAUGAAUUCGCUAAACUUGCACGCAACGGACUGGAUGACGGGAUGCGACCAGGAGCAUAAGCUGUACUGCUGGCCCUGUCUACUGUUCAAUACCUCCGAGUACGAUGUGUGGGGCAAGCGGGGCUUUUCCGAUUUCGGUCGAUUAUCAGCGGCACGAACGGAACACACGAAAAAUUUGUCACACCAUGCCAAGAGCAAAACGCUCAAACUGUGGAUUGAAACGGCCAGUGAGAUGAGCGAAAGUAGUGGUGAAGAGGAUGUCGAGUGUAUUCCGGAGCUAGAUUUCUUAAAUAUGUCCGCGGCAGAGCUGGAUGAAGAGAUCGACGUAAAGCCAAACUUGGAAGCGUUGAAUGCAAGUAUCGGUUUUUCGCGAGGUCUGGGGGUGACACCGGUGGUGGAUCUGUGUGAAGCUGCCAAGGAUGGUAGCGGUGUGGUAACGUACUUGGAACGGUCUACCAUAUUGCUUGAUUGUGAGAAUGAUGUCCCGAGUGAACUAGAAGGGCAGACCGACCAUAGCCAGACAAGCAAUAUUUCGUCGAGUGCUGUAGUCGGACGAGCGGGGGACAAUUCGUCUGUGGACGAAUAUGCACGAAUUUACAAGAAAGGACAGCACGACACUGCUGGGGAAACCAUAAUGUCUCAUACCAUACAAACAGGCGCGGAAAAGUAUCAGCUGAAAUGGCACUCACAUUAUCAAAACAUGAAUGUGUCCUUAUCGAAUCUCUACAAAAACGACCGUUACGCAGACGUUAUGCUUCUAACAUGCAAUGGAGAUGAGAACUAUACGAUACCUGCGCAUAAAUUAAUACUAGGAACUUCCAGUUUGUAUUUCGCAAACAUCUUCGACAAAAAUCCCGUUCCAUUGAACGCAGUAACGUACAUUGUGCUUCCACCUGAUCUCACCUACCGCUCCAUGCAGAUUCUCAUACAGUACAUGUACACCGGUGAAUCAACUGUCUCGACGGACGUUCUGAAUGAGGUGCUUCGUGGCGGAGAAAUACUAAAAAUUCGUGGCCUCUGGCGAAACGAUUGCACGAAACCGGCCGGUAACGAUGGGUUGCAUAGUGGCGGCAACAGUAGCAAGGAACAACAUGCAUCGGUUGACGGCUCUUCCGGACGGUUCGUUAGUCCCGUCACCGUUACCAUACCUCAAGCAACUCAAGCUCCAUUUAUAUCGCCUCACGUAAUCCCGCCUUCCACCGGACCGCUGAUACACGUGAAACGCGAUAUGGCCAUAGACCCGGGAGACGUGCGGCUUCAGACUAGCGUUGCCGAUGGAACCCGAUCGCGCCCAUUUUUCACGAUAAAAAAUCAAGAAAGCGCUAACCAGGACAAUGCGCCACAAAUUUCGACCAAUGAGUCAAGCGAAAGUCACAGGAAAGAUCGCGAAAAACAGCAACAAAUCGAUACGUCUGCAACCGGGCGAGUUGUGCUAUCGAACACGAGUAACGCCCGCAAUAAUUGUGCGGGGAACGAAACUGGAGAACAGGCAGCCAUACCACAAGAGUUGAACUUUCUCAACGUGAAAGCUGAGCCAAUCGAGUGGAGUGAUCUUCGAGUGGGUGAGCUAGCAAUGCCCGGAAACGGUGAUACAUUGGAUGGUCCACGAAAUCAAGAGCUAAAUAAGAACGAUGAAGCAUCAAUCGCACCGAAGCAGAUAAAGACGGAGGAAUGUAACAGCUCGUCGAUGACGGAAAAUUCUCAUUCUUCAUCUUCAUCCACCGUACAGCCGACGUACUCUCCGCUAACUUGUGAACUUUGCAGCGAAACAUUCACCGUUCCCGGUGAAUGGGUGCGGCAUAUCGAAGGUCACACUGAAACGUCACAAUCGCUCCCGAAACGAAGGCGUCGUGCGGAAGAGUCAGAAGCUACAGCCGAAACGGCCGCCUUGCGGUGUGAUUUGUGUGGAACGUUUUAUGUAACUCCGGCCGACUGGGUACGACAUGUACAGAAUGCACACACCGAAUCAGAGCUUGCGGCAUGUAACAAGCGUGUGACACGGACGACGCGUGGACAAAUAUCAUCCACAAGCCGGCGUUCUCCGACCACGGUUCCGUCGACAGCAACACUCGAAGAUGGUACACAGUUAGAAAAGUACUGCAACGUUUGCAAUAAAUCCUUUCCUUCCUACGCCAGCAUGGCCCUCCAUAAACGCACCCAUGCCGGCGAUAAACCAUUCUAUUGUGAAAUAUGUAACAAGAGCUUCACUGUGAAAUCGAACGUCAUACGGCACAUGCGAUCCGUACACAACCACCCUGGACACCAAACGGCAUCAACACACUCCGACAAGGAGAGUGAAAACUCCGAGUGA